UGUGCAACACUUGAUUCCUUGCCAUUAAUUUGGGAUACAACUGUCAAUUAUUUGUGGCAUUAUUACUACGAAAUAUUCAUCCAAAAAAAAAUACAUACACAAUGUCGGCAAUAUUUCACUUCUCUGGCAUGCUGUCUGUGCUGCUGUUACUCAUCUGCACCUGCGCCUAUGUGCGUUCGAUGGUGCCACAGCUACUCGAUAAUCAUCGCACCGGAUGGCAGGGUGUCUUUUGGAAGAUGGCAAGGAUUGGCGAGCGCCUCAGCCCCUAUGUGGCGGGGGCAUGUCUGCUGCAGGCCUUUGUCGUGCUCAUUGGCGUCUGACGAGCAGCAGCCGGGCAGACGGACAGGCAGUCAGACAGCCAGGCAGGCAGGCAGGCAGUCAGGCAGUCAGGCAGAAUGAGGCCUGGAAGACAGAAAGAGUAGCUGGACUGACCAGCGAUUGGCUUUUUGCAGCUGUAAUCAAUAUGCAAACAAACCAUUUGCCACAAUAAUUACAAAGUAAUGCAGCGCCCGGCGCGAAAUGUAAAAAUAAACGCCAGCUGCCCCGCAAUUCGCUUGAUGACUUGCUACCCGGGAAA